AUGUCAGAAUCCUCGAAAUCAAAAUCUUUAAACUUAAAUCCGUCGCCCACUUUACAGUGCAAAGAUCUCCACGAAUAUCUGAAAAGUCGGUCGGCUCAGUUUUUAGAGACUUUAUAUAAUUAUCCUACGAUAUGUCUUGCAGUUUACCGAGAGUUACCAGAGCUAGCGCGGCACUUUGUAAUCAGGCUGCUGUUUGUAGAGCAACCGGUACCACAGGCGGUCGUCACGUCCUGGGUGUCACAGACAUUCGCCAAAGAGCAAGCCAAAGCAUGUGAGGCUUUAUCAGAGCUGUCAGUAUGGCAGGAGGCUCCUAUACCCGGAGGCAUGCCCGGCUGGAUGCUGGCACAGUCCUUCAAGAAAAACCUCAAAGUAGCUUUGCUUGGAGGUGGUCGUGCCUGGAGCAUGUCUUCAUCCUUGGAGCCGGAUGGUAAAGCCCGUGACGUGGCUUUCCUGGAUGCGUACGCACUGGAGCGCUGGGAGUGUGUACUGCACUACAUGGUGGGUAGCGCUCAGACCGAGGGGAUCAGUGCUGAUGCUGUUAGGAUACUGCUGCAUGCUGGACUCAUGACCAGAGAUGCGGAGGACGGGUCGGCUGUUAUCACUCGCGCUGGGUUCCAGUUUCUACUAUUAAGUACUGCUAAACAAGUGUGGCUGUUCCUACAACAUUACUUGCACACGGCGGAAAAACGGAGCCUCAGUGCAGCGGAGUGCCUCGCCUUCUUAUACCAACUUAGCUUUAGCACACUUGGCAAGGACUACAGCACAGAAGGAAUGAGUAACAACAUGCUGGUAUUCUUGCAGCAUUUGAGAGAGUUUGGACUUGUGUAUCAAAGAAAGCGCAAAGCAGGUCGAUUCUACCCGACUCGUCUAGCUCUGAACAUAGCGCAGGUGCGCGGAGGCGGGGCGGCGCCGCUGGCUGCGCCGGCGCAGGCGCGCGGGUACAUCGUGGUGGAGACCAACUACAGAGUCUACGCGUACACACAGACCAACCUACAGGUGGCACUGCUCGGCCUGUUCACUGAGCUCAUGUACAGGUUCCCUAACUUAGUAGUAGGAGUACUGACACGCGAGUCAGUCCGGCAGGCGCUGCGCGGCGGUAUCACUGCCGAGCAGAUCAUCCACUACCUCGAACAACAUUCACAUCCACAGAUGUUGAAGUCGGAGACAGGCGGUAUCAGGACGAGCUCGAUGCUCCCCCCCACGGUGGUGGACCAGAUCAAGCUGUGGGAGACUGAGAGGAACAGGUUCACGUACACCGAGGGAGUCGUCUACAAUCAGUUCCUGUCACAGGCAGAUUUCGUGGUACUCCGCGACUACGCGAAGCAGCAAGGAGUGUUGACCUGGCAGAACGAACGCUCGCGUACGAUGGUCGUCACACGGCACGGACACGACGAUGUCAAGAAGUUCUGGAAGCGAUACUCUAAGAGCUCUUAG